GUGGCCGAAAAGCAUCUUUGUUUUUGUACUUUUAUUUUGUUUAAAGUUUUCAAGCAUGUUUUGUGAUACUCAGAUUGGAUUUAACAUAUAUCAAUAUCUGAAUAUGUCAAUCCACAUCCGGCCUAAACCACUGAACCUCAGCCAAUAUUUUGAAUAGAUGCCAUGCAGUAGUAAAUGAGUGAAAUUUCCAAAUGGUUGCAAGUUAAAACUGCUGCACCUUAACCUGUACUGGAAAAGGAUUUCAAACAUUGCUUUUGAUUAAUUCCAUUAAGGACGUGGUCGUAGUAUUAUAUGUAAUGUGCCUAUUGAUGUCUUGUAUAAGUUUUUUAUCUCAAUAGUUGAAUUUAUCAUCCUGAGUAUUACUUAUACAUACAAUGAUGGUGGAAAAUCUCAAUUUUUACUUCACUGUUGAAUUAUUUCAUCUUUUCUCACUGAGGUAAAAAUUGAUUUCCUCGUCAUUUAGUGGUCUGUUUAACUUGAUGACAACUUACAGCCAAGGAUUUGUGUUUUUAUUCAUAAUCUGUGACUUAUUAGUGAUGCGCAGCAUAGCUUUGUGCGGGGCAGGUCAUGUCUCACAAACUUGAUUCAGAUUUUUCAGGAAGUGACAGGCAUGUGUGAGGAUAGAAUGCUGGAUGUUGUGUAUGCAGGCUUUAACAAGGCCUCAUGGCAGACUGAUCAAGAAGGUGAAGCCACGUGAGAUCCAUGGUUCAGUCUAUGAAAUGUCAGGAAAUGAAUGCUCCUUGUCAACAGGGGAUCUCAUAAAAAUAAUACAGGUCGAGCUCCAGAAGGUUUUCUGUGAAAAUAUGGAAAAUGAAUGCAAAUUUGAUCUAUCAUUAGAUUAUUCAGGGCACUUCAAGCUUAUUCCCGAUGGAUACCCUUACACAUCAGUUGAGGAAAUCAUUAAAUCAUUAGAUAUUGAAAAUCAGCGUUCAGAAUUGAUCACCUUUCAGUCCCUUAAAGAUAUCAUCACAGAUGAUUUUGUAAUUGGAAAGGGAGACCCCAUAACAGUCACAUCCACUGAGUUUCGUGAGGGACACAAAUAUGCAAAUUGUAUUGUGGAUGGAGAUUUUGAGCAGGUCCACGUUGCACUGUCGUUUGCUUUGAAAGGGGAGUUUUAUGAAUGUGAAGACAACAAGCUAUAUACUAUUAAAGACAUCGUGGAAUCGAAAAUCCUGACCAAAAGAAGAGUGAGGCUUGCUGAGGUGAAGGGUGUCUGCAUGCCGAAACAUUUUCAGGGGGCAUUGGUGCUGUCACCUGUAUAUGAAAUUCAAGCAAUUAUGCACUACAGAAAAGAGAUUGUGAAAAUACCUUCAACUUUGGAAGUUGAUGUGAGGGAUGUAACAGAGGAGCAAAAAGAUAUCACGUUCAUCAAACCAUUGUCAUUGUCUGAUAUUAUAAACCAGCCAUACGAUCAAUUUCCAAUCUUCGUCAAAAUUCUGGAUGCCCCGGAACAGCAGCCCCCCUUUAAGGGUGAAUGGUUUCACUCACUGAGAAAGGGUAGAAUUUUGAAAAUUUAUAAGAAGCAGUUGCUGAAGCACGUCCUGGCAACAUCCAUGCUCAACAAGGUGAACCGGCAUUUCCUAAUCUCUAUAAACUACAAGGGAAUGUUCAGAAGGCGGCCUAGAGAGUUUGUGACUGUGUUUGAUCUUUGCAAUGCCAUCAGCCAACAGAGUCCUUUGAAUGUUGUGGUUACAAAAGACUGUAUGUGGAAUGAAGAUGGAUUAUCUUCUUUAUGCAUGGGUGACCGCUUGGUCACUAUGUUUAGGACCACUACACAACUGAGCUUUGAUGGUGUAAUUCAAAAUGUGGACAUGCUCAUGUGCAACAAGAUCACAGAAGAUGAGGAUGAGGAUGAGGACGAGACUCUGAUGCUUCCUUUAUACCUGGAGGGUCAUUUUGUGGAAGAACUCCAUGACACCAAGAGAUACAAAAUCUCAGAAAUAUGUGAUAAAUUCAAGCUACCUUUUCAAGUAAAAGUCACAUCAAAAGAUCCUACUUUACCAAGUGAUAUCUUAACAGCCUUCCCAGCAAUCAAGCUAGAGGAAAUAAUUAUGGUACCUAGUUUGGUUGUCAGUUUUCAUGAACAGCCUUCUGAGUGCUUCUCUAUUCCAGUUGAAUGGAUAACCAUGACAGUCUGUCAUCUAGAAGACUUUCCUAUGGAGGACUGUAACUUUAAAAAUGCAACCUCAGUGGAAGAGUUGACUGAUUUCAUGUACUACAAUCUACGGAAAUGUUCUUCUCCAAAUCUGUGCCCACCACCUCGGCCACCCAAAAAACCAAGCAAAGAGACUGUCUUGUCAGACUCCACUCCAGUUCAACCCCCUUCUCGUUCUCCUAUUCCAGGUUAUAUGCAGCAACAACCACCUUUACCCCCUAAGGGAACUCCUAGGCCCCUAAAACAUAACAUCAUCAACGAGAAUGAAGCAACGCUACCAAGUUCGGGAAAACCCCUUUCCAGGCAACCUCUACAAGUUGCUCCUAAUGAAUAUACCAAAGUACAAAAAGGGAAAACAAAGGUGUCUCCUGUACGCCCUGAACAGUCAGGUGAUGACAGUGAUCAUGACUAUGAACAGAUUGAAGAAGGAGUUACCCUGACGGCUUUGCAGAAAAUGAAAAAAUGGGCAUUUUAGUAUGUGUAAAACAAGCUCAGCCUGUUUGGGAUCAAGGAUAAAUAGCUUGUUCCAGAAUCUACAUCUAGCUGACUGCAAACUUAGCUUCAUCGAUAAGAAAUUGUUUAAUCCCAAGUAUUACAAAAGAACUGUUACUUUGGAAAGAAGUAAAGACAUUUUUUGGGAAAAUGGAAUCAGUAUAAAAAAACUCUCACUCCAGAACUUGUUUGCAGAUUUGAGUGGUUGCUGAAUGGUGACAGAUCAAAACGUUCUUUCAGUCAGCUAAAACACAUUUAAUAGUUGCAUGCACAUGGAUAGCAUUACAGCAAAAUAUUGUUUUGUUACGUUAAUCCAUUAAAAAAAAGGAACAUUGAGAAACAUUCAACAUUUGCUGUGUUUCCAAAUGGACGGUUGCCCCACUUGUCAUUGUAAUGAAUCUACUCAGCCAGAAUAUUACUCAGCCAGGCAUAGCUUAUGAUUCUGCAGCUGCGCAGUCCACUAUUUCUUGUUGAGAAUGAAGAUGGACAAUCAAAAGUUUUCUGGAAACAGUCUCCACAAAUAUCUCCACUCUCAAUGAUGAGGAAGCAUUUGCCCAGCUGAAUGGACCAUGCAUCUCAGUCUCUUCCUGAGGCGCCCAGCAUCCUAGAUGGUAAUGUUUGGCCAAUUUAAUCCACCCCUCGUGACAUCAAUGUUAUGAUUGCAGCUGUUGUAGUCAUAUUCUAGACAGGAACCUGGCCGGAUAGAUCAUAUUCUGAUUUGUAUUAAUUUUAAUAAGAGGGGCCUCUCGUUGAAGCACAAGCAUACAAAGCUGCAGAUUUUGUUUGAACAAUACAAUAAAAGUUUAUUACAGAGGAAAUAAACAAAAAUAGAAGAAUUGAAAUUAUUUAGAUUAUAAUGUCAAAGACUUAAACACACAAUGGAAGUAUAUUCCCAAACCAUUCAUUUAUAGAUUGAAAGGAGUUCUCCUUAUUCUGCAUGGGCUUCCUCUAAAUGCUCUGGUUUCCCUACCACAGUCCAGACAUGUGGAGGCUAGGUUGAUAGGCCAUGCUAAAUUGUCUCAUAGUAUCCACAGAUGUGCAGGCCAGUUGGAUUAGCUAUGGUAAAUGUGGGGUUACAGGGGAGGUGAUGUUGGAGCUGGAUAUGGAUGGGACGCUCAUUAAAGAGUCAGUACAUACUCAGUGGGCCAAAUAGCUUCUUUCUGUACUAUAGAGAUUUUAUGGAAAUAAAUAAAAAAGAUUUCAUGUUGUACCCAAAGUAUCACUCAUGCACUACUCAUACCAGAGUCCCUGUACCAUAGUAGGUAUCAGUUGUGACUUGAACUUUUAGACUGGAUCUGCAGAUAGUUUUCUUGUUGUGCUAUCACACUUAAGUGUCUUUAGCUUUAAGUAACAUCUUCCAACACUCCUGGUCUGGGAUUAACACCAACUCUUUGCUUUAAGAUAAUCCAAUUCACUCCAUGUCCUUAGCAAAAAAAAUUAUGAACUGGGGAUACUGGAAAUCUAAAACAAAAGCAGAGUUUGCUGGAGAAACUCUGCAGAUAUGGCAGCAUUUGUGGAGAGAGAAACAGUUAACAUUUCAGGUCCAGUCAUCCUUCUUCAGAAUACAUAUGCCUCCUUUUUCAAGAUCACUAUUCUGCAUAUCCAUCCUAUUCCAAGGAACUAACAGGACUGACCGACUCAGGUUAAAAGUGAAACUACAAGUCUCUCCCCUCUCUCUCUAUUGGAUGUUUUCCUUUCACUUAAAAAAGAUAGUCCAGAACACUCCAAUAAACACAAAGGUGCCAUUAUAUGCCAGGUUGGUUUCAAAACAAGCAAAAAUCCAUUUGUAAUGCAUAAAACCCAUAGACUCUACAGCCAAGCUUCAAAAAUGCUUUAGAAGAAAUAGGCAUAGUUACAGAAAUGCCUGGAAGUUAAUUAUCAAUUUCAGACACAAAGAAAACCAUUUGGCUCUUAACUCAAAAAGCAGAAAUCCAAAUUCACAACAAAUAACAUUAAAAGUUACAUGUAAAAAUCCCUUGGUUUACAUCACAUCAAGAAAAUGACUGAAAAACAAAUGCUGGAAAUGGCAAUGAUCCUGACAACAGCCCAGCUACAGUCACUUUUGCUCCAGAUAUAGUGAGUGCCCUAGCCAAGUUUUAUAGCACAGCUACUACAGUGGUAUUACCAAACAAUGAAGAAACUUGCACAGGCAAGCCAUGUUCACAAAAACAGCUCAAAUCCAAUCCAGCCAAUGGCCACUCCAUCAGUUUAACCUCAAUUUGCAAAGCAGUGUAAAAUGUUAUUACAAGUGCUAUGAAGAGCACCUCCUCAGCAAUUACCUGCUCAACAAUAUUCCACUUUGGGUCCACUAGAAGCACUCAAUUCCAGCCUUCAUCACAGCCCUUUUCCAUGAACAAAAGAACAAAGUUCCAGAAGCGAACAGAGCAUAAAUGUACUUUAUAUCAACACAACCUCUCAAAAUUGAAAUCUCCAAUGUUUCCAAUCAUAUCUGCCACAAAGACAGUUGCUAUUUUGGAGGCUAAUCACUCAGCUCUGGGAUACCACUGCAAGAGUUCAAGGUAAUGUCCAACAUCUACCCAUCGUUAAAUGCUUCAUUAAUGAACAUCCCCCAUCAAGAGCCAUUAGCAGCAGCAUUUCAAAUAAUAAAGCCAAUUAAUUCAAGACCUCUGAUUUGUCAAGUCCUUGGAAAAUUCUGGAAGGUAAUUAGCAGGGUAUAAGAACCCAGCCUGGCAGGACUCUGUGGCAGUGGUGAAGGUGAGGAUUGUGGUGGGUACUCUCCACCUGACUGUGUCCCCUUGGUAAAUGGCAGUGACUGGAGAAGCUUGCCCUGUGACCAGAGACAUGUGAGAGCCAGAGUGCAUCAACCCAUGAGGAGAGGAACAGACUGAACAAUUUGUUAUACCAGCAAAUGUACAAGUAUCUGGGAAGUAUUUCAAGUUUCUGAAAAAUCAGAUAGAAGAGCUAUUAGAAGUGUAAAUUCUUAAUUUUGCUGUCUUCAAAUAAAGUUGCAUCAUGUUUGCUGACUGCAGAUUUGUACUGUGCAGUCCUUUCCUGAUAUAUGCUAUGGUUCUGGAGUAAAUUAAUAUUGUGUACACUGGUUGAGGAGUCUGUGGGGGUCUCAGAGAUAUCCUGCUUCAGACAACAAUUGGAACACUACCAUCUGCUGGUUGACCUCUGAAGCAUGAGUUAUGCAAGUUUAGCCUGCUGAUCUCCACUGGGGAAGACUGCAGAUGGCUUUGCAAUAGACCCUCAAGCAUUUUUUUUGGCUUUGAGGACUUGGCUUCAGACUGCACUAAAUUAGCAUAGGCAAAGGUAGACUAGCCUACUGACCCUUUCAACAAAUACAGGGACACUUUCAGCAUGGCAGUGGUAGGAAGAUGAAUGCUAUCUUUCUGCAAGGACAGGUCAUUUCUCCUGGAUGGUGAAAGAAGCUGAGCUAGCAAAUACCUGAUGCUGCACUUUGGUGGGCCCUUAAAUGCUGUCUUGGGCUUCACCAUCACUUUCACAUGGGCAAGGCACCACAUGCCAAAUUGAAGCCAGAGUCCUCUGUGCUCCUAGCAUCUUGAGCUCCAUGCACAAACUAUCAAUGAUCAUGUUUGAGUGUUUCUGUCAGCCAGCCCAACAUCUUCCUCUGAAACCCACAGUACAUCACAGGCACUAGGACAAUAAACAAAAUUCCUUCCAAAUGACUAAAUUCAACACUUAGUAUGGUAUUGCUUUCACUGGGCAUAGUCAGUUGAACCCAGCUGGGACACAGUAUUCAAGGAAAUAUGAUUGAGCUGCCAUUCUGAUCACAUCCCUUAACCUAUAUUGGAUGAACUAAGAGAAAUAGUGGGUGAAUAUUGAGAAAAUGUUAGAAGGUGAGACUCAAAUUACCUCCUGGGUUCAAAAUACAGUCACACUUGGGUGAUGCAAUAUCUGAAGAAACAUUUGUCAUCUUGAAGUAAGUUUACAGAACAAACAAAAAACCAAAAGUAAUUUUGUAAAAGAACAAUACAGCCAUUUAUAAAUGCAUGGGUCUAGUCAUCUCAAUUCACAUUUUUAAAGAAUGAGCUGGUCACUGGAGUGAGGGUACAGUGAAAAAGAGCAAACAUAAAAAAAGGAAAUGUAACAAAAAGGGAAAAGGGGACUAAACCCUCAAAUGGCUUCACACUUCACAAUUUAUUCCAUACUUUGGUGAGUGGCUUAUGCGUUAGGAGCUAUAUAUGAAAUUAUCGCAAAAUAAUACAGUACAAGUCAAGGCCAUUCACUUCAGACUGCUUUAGCUUUAACUAGCAGUAUGGUAAAUUCACAAAAUCCGGAUAUCAUGACUAUUCAUGGAUACGGCUUACAGCAAGCAGGCUGAAUCAUUUCUCUGAACUCCACUUGACUCAUGUCAAAUUGACCAUUAAACAUCUGUACAGACUAUGGCUAUUUAACAAAUAUGUCUUAUCAAAUAACAGUCUGUACUGAUCAGCUUUAAAUUUAUAUUUGAUGAGAAUGCAACGAGAUUUUGUUUUAAGUGGGAUUGCUGAUGCUAUUUGAAUAUGUGCUUAGUAUAUGUUUUUCAUCGUCAUUGUAAAUAUAUGAUGUAGGUUGAGUGGUUUAUACAACAAGACAUCUGUUUGCAAGUGUAAAUCCUUUUUAAAAUGGCAAAAUAAUUGAAAUUGUUUUUAAGUAUUGUUAAAAUGCCAAAGGAUUGACUGUUUAUGCAAUCAUUGCUUUGCAAAGCAAUUGAAACAGCUAAAUAUUUACUAUAAUCUCUAUUAAAAUGAGAUACUGCAUAUCACCAAAUCAAUGUUAUAAAUUGGAGUCAUGCAUAAAAAGUACUUAUUACUAUAGCUCAUAAAACUUGUAGAAAACUUGAACGUAUUUUUAAAAACUGCAUAUGAAUAUUUUAAAUUUAUAUUGAUUUAUACAAAUUUCUAUGACUACGCUGGUAAUCAAAGUUCCUUUACUGUAGGAA